UAAGUCACAAUUCGUUCGCUCCAACAUUUGAAUGCAUCGUUGAGUGGAAGCCAUUGCGUAUUUUCAUUAAUUUGUAAUGGGGCAUGUCUGUGCAUGACGAGUAAGUGGAGGUAGACAGGUUUCGGCUAACAGGGGAAUGUACGCAGAGUGGCGGCAGUAAAAAGUCUCACAACGCGCGCUUCGCUAUAUAGCCCAGCAUGCCGUGCAGAGCGUUUCAUCUCACAACUUAUUCCGCGCUGAAUAUGCAAACGAGGCGAGAAGAAAAGAUGCCAGUGAAAAAUGGAUUUGUUUUUCUGGCGCUGCUCAGCUCGGCAGUUUGCUUUUGCACUUUUCUCGCUCUCCUCGCGAUCGGCUCUACGUUUUACGCCACGCCAUGCACCAAUUUUCCAGCUCCGUAUUUCAAUGAAGGGGAAAACUUGAGCUACGAGAACUGCGGCGUCGAGAAGAACGAAAUUUACAACCCCUGGAUCGUUUAUUUGCGACAAGCCAACAUCGGUUGCUACGGAAUUGCUAUUUCUCCAAGGACUAUUCUCGCUUCUCACUGCAAAAUCGAUAAUACAGAAAGUGGAAACAUCACAGCUUUUGUGGGACAAUGUGCAAAAAAGCCAAGUUCGUUUGAUGCUAAUAAUUGCACAGAUAAACAUUUCACGGUGAAGGGCGUAACUGAAAUCAUCCUUAAUCCGGCUGCUGCCGUGGAGGAAAAAAUCUUUCUCAAAUUAUUCAAAACCGAGAGAAAGUUGAACAGUACAGAUCCAAUUUGUUUAUUUAAUCGAGCAGCCGAUAAAAAGACGGGCUUGGCGUCUCGACAUCAUAGAGAUUUUCUUUAUCUCAUGUUGCUCCAACGAAAGCGUCUUAAAAAUUCAGACAUUUUGCAGAGCCUUAAACCACGAAAUCUCACACCCUGUGAAAAAUGCGUGAACACAAAAAUGAGUGAUGUUUACAAUCGGUUGGGUCUGCCUCCUCAAAGCCUUCUUUGCGUCAAAGAUUCCGGUCCUAACAACGACCACGAGCUGGUGAAUUUCUACAAUGGACGCCAUUUCUUGCGGGGAUUGAAAUUAAAGCACCAUUUGUUGAAAGACAGCUGCAAAACCUUCGUUGACAUUCUGCCAUUUAUCGAACCAAUCGUGAGAAAUUCCAAAAACAUUUCCGUGUUAUCUGCCAUUCCGGCAGUAACACCAGUUAAAAAAUUCAGCAAUGACGAAGACAACCUGAGCUUUCCAAGGUGUGGAACAAAACUGACGGGGAGACAAGACGAAGACGAAAAUGAAAUAUCUCAUCACAUUUCAUCUGAAUUCGAAACUCAGCAAAACGGCGGGCAUCCGUGGCACGCGGACAUUUUCAAAAAAUCCGAAGAUCUGACAGCCUGUGGAGGAACUCUCAUCUCAAAAAGAGCCGUUUUGACUGCUGCGCACUGCAUUUUUGAAAUGAACGCAACUGAUUUUGAGGUCUCAAUCGGAAUGUACAACAAAUCGCUAAUAAACCACCCAAGCAUUCAAACAAAUACGCCGAGAAAGCUGAUCUCGCACCCGAAAUACGUUUCCGGUCAGUUCCAUUACGACGUCGGCCUGAUGAUUUUCGACGUGGGAUUCGAAUUAACACACCACGUGCGUCCGAUUUGCCUGUGGAACGAGGACACCGAUUUGAACCAAGUCACGGGGAAACUUGCCAUGGCCGUCGGCUUUGGAAUCGACGAGAGCAACACGCUGCCUGAAAGCCUCAAAGAGAUCCAACUGCCGAUAAAAGCGUAUAAAAAUUGCUACCAAAAAGACCAGAAGUUUUUCGGAAAACACCUCAAACCCGGGGACAAUUUUUGCGCCGGAUAUACGAACGGAACGAGCAUGUGCCACGGAGACAGCGGGGGAGGCCUGGCGAUUGAAAAGGAGGGCCGCUGGUUCAUCAGAGGCGUCACCAGCUUCGGGAAAUCUUCCAAGAUUAGUUUUAACGGUACGAAACUGUGUGUUUGCAACAGGAACAGCUUCACCUUGUUCUCCGACGUGGCGCACUACAUGGAAUUUAUUGUAGCAAACACUCCAGACGUCUCAUUUCUCAGCUGAAUUUAAUAAACAAAUGAAUAUUUUGUAAGGGAAAUAUGUAUGGUGUUAAUUUAUAUUGUUAGUUUUUUUAAUGUAAAAUAAAAAUUUAUUAA